CAACCAAUAACAUGGGAGUUUCACGGUUCACGGUGUUGGUCCUGAUCUGUGGUGACGGUGGUGAUCGUGCUGACUAUUUUCUGCGGUCUGAUAGCGGCAUAUGAAUGUAUUGGAGAUAGUAGGUUUCGGAGUUAUAGUAGGUUUUUUUUUUUUGUAGGAAUUAAUAGUUAUCUAACUCAGAAAUUGCAUUUAGCACAAACGCGUACGAGUGAAUCGUGUUCAGAAAAUGGCGGCGUCUCUUUUGACCAAACCAAAGUCUGAGAUGACACCAGAGGAACUGGCAAAGCGUGAAGAAGAAGAGUUCAGUACUGGCCCUCUUUCUGUUCUUACACAGUCAGUAAAAAAUAAUACACAGGUAUUGAUCAACUGUCGGAACAACAAAAAACUUCUGGGACGGGUGAAGGCAUUUGAUAGGCAUUGUAACAUGGUGUUGGAAAAUGUGAAGGAAAUGUGGACUGAACUUCCACGAACUGGAAAAGGAAAGAAGAAAGCAAAACCAGUAAACAAGGACAGAUUUAUUUCCAAGAUGUUUCUACGUGGUGAUUCAGUCAUCUUAGUCUUAAGAAACCCACUGGCAACUGCAGGUGCAAAAUAAUAUCUGGAAAUCGAUCUUUACUCAAUGAGCGUUUAUGAAACAGUUUUGUUGAGACACACUGAAAACUUCUGGAAUAAAUAUGAUGUGUACACACAUGGUAUGUGAAAGCAAAAUGGUUAUCAGCAACAUGUCAGUGAUAUUGGACAUCAGAACACAUUUGGAAACUUGUAGUGCCAUCUCCUGACUGCAUGGUAAACCAUCACUGGAGGGUAGGUUUUAAGGUUUUCACGGCAGUGACUAUGAAGAAUGUCAUCUUCUGGGAUGUGGCGCCACGAUACAUUCCUCUGAAAUGUCGGUUCACACAAGAUCUACACAGCACCACAUCUCAGAAGACUGCGUUGUUCAUGACUGGAAAAUUUGUUGAUAGAUGACCAAAUGUCAGUAAUACUUUGUAUUUUAUAUUGAAGCAUUAAUAAAGUAUUUGUAUUGUAUAAUA